AUGCCACUAAACCCAAUUCUAGAAGUUGAGAUCUUUGAUGUAUGGGGAAUAGACUUCAUGGGACCUUUCAAACCUUCCUCAAACGGGCACAACUACAUUUUGGUUGCUGUGGACUAUGUGUCCAAAUGGAUUGAAGCCAUCCCCUGCCCAACCUGUGAUGCAAGGUUGUUAUCAAACUGUUCAGAACCAUCAUCUUUCCAAGAUAUGGCAUCCCAAGGGUUGUUAUUUCGGAUGGAGGUUCCCAUUUCAUCAACAAGGAAGGAUUGGGCAGCAAGGCUUGAUGAAGCACUUUGGGCUAUAGAACAGCUUACAAAACCCCCAUUGGAAGGUCUCCUUUCAACUUGCUGUAUGGAAAGGAUUGCCACUUACCUGUGGAGGUCGAAUACAAGGCUAUGGGCAGUAAAGAUGCUGAACUUUGAUAUAAAGGCAGCACAAAGAAAGAGGAUGAGAACCAAGGCAGCCCACGACAAACUGAUUCGCCUUAAGGACUUCAAGGUUGGGGACAGUGUGCUCUUGUAUAACUCCAAGCUAAGGUUGUUUCCCGGGAAGCUAAGGUCAAAGUGGGCGGGACCAUUCAAGAUUCACGAAGUUUACCCUAUGGAUCCCUCACUUUACUCAAUCAAGAGGGGAAGGAAUUCACAGUGA